ACAUCACUUGUGAUAGAGUCAAUAUCAGAACACAUGGAUCAUUUGAAGCAUCCAAACUCCAAACUUAAUCAUAAUCACUCACUAUCCCACAAAUUCAUCAACAAAAUGAAGACUUCAAUCCAGUUUCUGCUCUGUUUUUCUCUGUUCUGUGUUUUAUUCUCUUCACUUCCUCUGUUCCUUCAAUCAGUGAAGCCAUUCCUCAUGCAGUUCUUCAGCUACAUGGUCGAAAAGAGCUACAUGUUCCUUCUCUGCAAUGGCCUUCUUGCUAUAAUAGCCAUGAACUCUGGUCUCGUUUCUUCCUCUUCACCACCAACCACUCAUCACAGUACAGAACACCCUGCAGUAGUUGAAGCAGUUGAAGCAGUUGCUCACACAGAGAAAAACAUCCUCCCAGACUCGAAUGAAUCAGACAUUGCUGUUACAGAACCAAUUUCAGGAGAGGAAACCGAAUCCCCACAAGAAAAAGAAACUAUUUUGUUCAUUGUAGAACAAGAAAAUGUGGUAUCAUCAUCAUCGGAAAUGCAAGAGGAGGAAAAGGCCCUUGCCAUCAUUGAAGAAGACGAGCUUGCAGUGGAUGACAAUGAAGAGUUAAACAGAAAAUGUGACGAUUUUAUUAAAAGGAUGAAAGCAACGUUCUCUUCCAAUAACUUGGAGCUACGAGCCAUGGAUGGUUUCUAUUUUUCUUAUCAGAAUUCGCUGGUGACUGUUGUUAAUUAAAUAGCUAAUCUCAGAGUUGAUCUUCUUUUGGAUUAAUGACUUUAACUAACAUAAUAGAGUGUCAUAGGUUUCAAAGUUUUUUUUUUUGCUUCUGGCCGCACAUAUUUUUGCUUGUAACAAUCAAACAUGCCCUUCUCUGCAUGGUUCUAUCAGACUAUGUUGUGUGCUCUGUUUUUUGGACAAAGCUCUGUUUUUUGGACAAAGUUUGUUGUAUGUUCUGUUAUCUGUAUUGUGUUUCAAUGUGUAAUGUCAGAAGGAAGCUAUUUAAUGAA